CAGAAACUAACCACUUGCCAGAAAUCUACAAAUUAUGGCUGCUCCCGAUCUCAGACUGCGGUGCACGUCAACCCUCUUCCCUCAGCCCCGUUCUACACGGGACUGAAGGCCUCUCGUCUCAACUUGCGCUGCUUCGCAAAACCUCCUUUGCCCCAACGCAACCAUGGCUCCUCUGUGAUUCUGCCCUGAUUUCUCUUCUUGAAGACCGACCGACCGAGCCACGCCCACCCACACACCGGAACAGCUCGACAGUGUUCCACGUGCUGUCUUCACCGUCUCUUUGCACAUUCGCUUUCACUCCUUUGGGACCAGAGCCAAGCAAGAAGAAAUAAAAGUCCUUCCUUUCUCCUGGAAGCGUGGCUGGUGUCCGGGCUUGUCGUCUUCACCAUCAUGGCCAAAGACCUGUCUAUGACGUCGCGCACCGGCAGUAACAAUCAACGUUACGGUCCGAAAGGCGAGCGACUGGUGGCUGGCGUUGUGCCUCUUUCCUCAGACAAGACACGAGUCCUCCUGAUACAGUCUACACACCGCAAUGGCUGGGUUCUCCCUAAAGGCGGAUGGGAACUAGACGAGGCUACAGCAUCUGCGGCCGCCCAACGAGAAGCUUGGGAAGAAGCCGGUAUCAUUUGCAGGGUCGACAAAGACCUCGGACAUAUUCCUGAUACAAGACCUACAAGUGCCGUCUCCAAAAAUGCUCCCAAAGCGAGCUAUCACUUUUUCGAAGCAACCGUUACCGAAGAAAGAUCAAAUUGGCCCGAGAAACACAAGAGGUCCAGACAGUGGUACGCCUACGCUCAAGCCGUCCAACUUUUGCAAGCACGUCCGGAGUUGUUGGAAGCCUUGAGAAGAAGUUCGGUGAAAAAGUAAAAGCAUGUGCAUUGAUAUCGGGGAGCGCAAGAUUAUUUUGCUCGUUUUACAUUGCUCUGGCUUUGUGGUACGACAAGAGCCCUCAGUGCAACGCUGAAAUCCGUGGUGACGGCGGUGGUUGAUCUUCGAGCCUUACCUCAGAUAUCCAAUAGACCAUUCGCGACUCAUUCGGAGCGGCUUCAUGAGGUAGUCGGCUUUUUCUCACUGCUGCACAGUGGGAGAGUGCCUGCUGGUAUGCCUGCAUGUACCAUCCCCUGUCUUCUGAGUGUCAAGAGCUGCAAAAAGAGCCGAUCCAAUGCGACACAUGGACCAAUGACAUUCUCACCAAGCAGCACGAUAUUAAUGCUAUGGUAUAUUC